AUGGAAAAAAAAUUAUCUGAACCGAGCGUGCAAGGGUCUGUAGCUCAAUUGGUAGAGUGCUCGUUUCGCAUCAAGCAAAUCGUGUCGAACAGAUACAGAAUCUACGAGAAGUACCGGGAUCGAAGCCCGGCAGAUCCAGCUGCCUUUUUUUCCAUUUUGCAUGAGGUGCCGACUCUUCUAACCUUUCCGGAACAGCUCGGAGACCACCUGACCCUAUAUCUUAUCUUACCUCAACAGAAACGACCGUGA